AUGUUGCAGCAACAACAGCAGCAACCACCGUCCUCCUAUCAGCAACCGCAGCAAUAUCAAGCGUUUCCAACAGCACGCCAGCAGCAAUAUCAAGCAUGGCAACAACCACAACAACAGUAUGCACCUCGCCAGCAACAACAACACCAACAACAGCAGCAGCAAUAUCAAUACCAUCAACCGGAGCAACACUUGCAAUUGCAAUCUUACCCAACGCAACAGCAAUUGGCCAUGCAACCAGUGUUUGCUUACGAUGGUCGCGGUUGUUAUACGCCCGCUGGCUACACUUUGACACCCGUGCUGGCAGCAACAACAACAACAACAGCAGCAGCAGCAGCCAGCGAUGUGAGUGAUGGACAAUGCGUUUACUAUCAGUAUGCGGAUGAGGAUUAUGUGAAUAGCGUCAACUACUACGAUCAAAGCACUGGCGACAUGUGUGCCAUGGGCCUUGUUUACGUCGCUUACAAGGACAACAACAGCAACUACGAUGGCGCACAAUCUUAUGCGUUAACUGAGCAAAGUAAUCGCAGCCACAGACAACGCGGAAUGCGACAGCGAACGCUGCUGCAAGUGGAAAUGGCAGGUGCAAGUGCAAAUGGAAGUGCAACAACAGCAAUUGCAAUGCGCAGGCAAAACUAG